AUGGACGACCUUCAGCGCCCGGCAACGCCUGAGGACGAGGACAUCAAGCUCAACUUCUUCCCCGAUCCCCCGCCAUUCUACAAAUACUUCACAACCGAGAACCUCGCCCGACUCAAAGACAUUGAGAAGGAAGCCGCGCCGGAAAAUGACGACACAAAGUCGCCGACCUCGAAAGCUGCGACGAAGCUCUCUGCAGAACAAAUUCUCGCCUUGCCGACCGAGCUCCGCUACCUGAUACCACCCGAGCCACCUGCAGACGAUGCCGAGUUCCAUGUAUUCGGCGCAGUAGAAAGCGCCAAGGGCGCAAACAACUUGAUGAAGAACAUGGACUAUAUAGCCGACCAACUCAGGUUUCAAGAUGUCUUUCACGACUGGACGUACGAGCAAUUGUACCCCUCUCCCUCCACCGAACCCUCUGCCGACGACCCUUCCGCGCAACAACGUACGACGAGCAACGCUGCCUCUCUCGACCGUCAGAACUACUUGUUCCGCUUCUUGCGGAGCAUACUGUUGAGCUACAUCUCUCUCUUGGGUAUCGUGGCUGCAAAUCCGACCUCAGAGCAAAAGGAGCAGAAGCUCAAGGACAUCAUGACGUUGGUAGCCAACAUGCAUGCGCUGAUAAAUGAGUACCGGCCGCAUCAGGCAAGGCAGACGCUCAUUGCCAAGAUGGAGGAACAGGUGCGCAAGAAGAGGGAGGAGAUUGAGAGCGUAAAGCGGAUAGGAGAAAAGGUCAAGGAAAUCCUUGCUGGGUUUGGCGGGGUGGACGGUGAGGACAAACCUAGCGAUGGAGGUGAAGAAACUCUAGAGGACGGGACAAGGGCGAGAGAGGAGGACAGGCAGCGUGUGCAGAGGGGGAUGUGGGACGCUAUUCACGAGGCCGUAGGAUAA